AUGUCCAACGCGCCGCUCAACGGCGUCAAGCUCAACCGUGCGUAUCCCUCCUCUCUCUCUCGUCGAGCUCAGCCACGUCACGUCCGCCACCCUCAGCUCCUCUCGUCUUGCAUCUCGCAGCACAUCUCCAGUCGUGCGACGAGAUCCUCACGGCAUUGCGCCUUACCACUCGCGUCCGUCGAGGAACGGCUGCGUCCGUCGCUUUGCCUCGCACCUCGACACUCUCCGGCUUUGCUCUUCGCGUCCUCGUUCCUUCAGCUGACAAUAUUCUUUCUCCUUGUGCUCCCCAAAAAUGCCUGCCCGCUAUCCUCGAUCCGUGUCUCUGGAUUCGCAGCGCUCGAUGACCCCAACAAGGUGAUCAAGGUCCUUGCCUCGGACGGCAAGACCGCCGAGCAGCGAGAAAUCGCCUACACCAACUGCAAGGUCAUCGGCAACGGCAGCUUCGGUGUCGUCUUCCAGGCAAAACUCGUGUCGCCCUCCGGCUCCGACGCCACCGAAGGCUCCAGCAAAGACAGCGACGAAGUCGCCAUCAAGAAGGUCCUCCAGGACAAGCGCUUCAAGAACCGCGAGCUUCAGAUCAUGCGUAUCGUCAAGCACCCCAACGUCGUCGACCUCAAGGCCUUCUUUUACUCGAACGGCGACAAGAAGGACGAGGUCUUCCUCAACCUCGUCCUCGAGUACGUCCCAGAGACCGUCUACCGCGCCUCGCGCCACUACGCCAAGCUCAAGCAGACCAUGCCCAUGCUCCUCAUCAAGCUCUACAUGUACCAGUUGCUACGAAGUCUCGCCUACAUCCACUCCAUCGGCAUCUGCCAUCGCGACAUCAAGCCGCAGAACCUGCUGCUCGACCCCUCAUCCGGCAUCCUCAAGCUCUGCGACUUUGGCUCCGCCAAGAUCCUCAUCGCCGGCGAGCCCAACGUCAGCUACAUCUGCUCCAGGUACUACCGAGCUCCCGAGCUCAUCUUUGGCGCCACCAACUACACCACCAACAUCGACAUCUGGUCCACAGGCUGCGUCAUGGCCGAGCUCAUGCAGGGGCAACCGCUCUUCCCCGGCGAGAGCGGCAUCGACCAGCUCGUCGAGAUUAUCAAGGUGCUCGGCACGCCCUCGCGCGAGCAGAUCAAGACCAUGAACCCCAACUACAUGGAGCACAAGUUCCCCCAGAUCCGACCGCAUCCCUUCUCCAAGGUCUUCCGUCCGCGCACGCCGCCCGACGCCAUCGACCUCAUCUCGCGACUGCUCGAGUACACGCCCAGCGCGCGUCUCACCGCCGUCGAGGCGCUCUGCCACCCCUUCUUCGACGAGCUCCGCACGGGCGAGAUCCGCAUGCCCAACGGCCGCGAGGUGCCCGCGCUCUUCAACUGGACCAAGGAGGAGCUCUCCAUCCGACCCGACCUCAUCUCGCGGCUCGUGCCCCAACACGCCGAGGCCGAGCUCCUCUCGCGCGGCAUCGAUGUGCACAACUUCCAGCCCGUCCCGCUCGAGUCGCUCAAGGUCACCCUCGACUAA